AUGACCGAUUUCAAGACCGACGACUCCAAGGCCCCGCCCUACACCUCUGUCGACCAUGUCGAGCUACUCAAUACCGAGAAACAACAGCAAAAACUGACAAGCCCCAAACCAGAUUGCUUAACCCACGGGCCCAGCCAAGUCCCCCUUCUCGAUCAUGAAUUGCAGAAACCGCAGGCCAAAGACAUCAUACAAACACUGGCAGCUGCAUUGAAUGAUAUGGUAGAUGAGAAGAAGUGCACUAAAUGCACGGUGGAGAAUAUUUCGACUCUACUCACCGGCCACGUCCGGGAUCUCAGAGUUGCCAAGCAGAAUGGGGUGUGGUCUAAAGAAGACAAGAAGGCUCUCAAGACGGAGAUUAAAGGUCUUCUCAAGCCAGUCAAGAAGGAUGUGAAGAGCUUAUGGAAGGCUAACUAA